AUCAAGAAGAGAUCUAGAGUGCCUGGUGUUAUGAUCACCCAGUACGUCAAGGAACUGCCACGUGGAAAAUCUACACCUGAUUUCACCAGAAAACCAAUUGCCUUGACAGUUCAAGAAGGCAAAGUGGCCAUUUUUAAAGCGGUGGUGAGUGGAGAUCCAGCACCAACUGUAACAUGGGCUCGCAACAAGGGUGACACUUCUGACCCAGAAAAAUAUAAGCCGAGAUAUGAUGAAAGGAACAGAGAACAUGUUCUAGAGAUAGCAAAUGUGCAAGUAGAUCAAGCAGAUACGUACAAAUGUUUCGCAACAAAUCAAUUUGGAAAAGCCAUGUGCACAGCUGCAUUAAGUGUAUUUGCAGUUGGAUUUAAGAAAAAGUCAAAAGAUACAUCAACAAAAGAUGACCAAAGCAACGAUCCUGAGGACUUCAGGAAAAUGCUUAGAAAAACCACAAUUGUCAAGAAGAGAAAGGAAAAACCCAAGAAAGAGGGAGAGAUUGAUCCCAAAUUCUGGGAAGUGAUGCUAAGUGCCAAAAAAUCGGAUUAUGAGCGCAUCUGUCAUGAAUUUGGAGUCACUGACUAUCGGUGGAUGCUAAAACAGCUCAACCUGAAGAGAAAGGAGAAGGAGGAUGAACAAGCAAAGGUGGUUGAAGAUGUUGGCAACAUGAAGCCGAUUGAAGUGAAGACAAGUGGCAGAGCUGAGUUUGAGUUUGAUAUGAAGCUUAAGGACACCAACAGUAAAAUUUAUCUCUUCAAAGAUGGUCACAUGCUUGAUUAUGGGAGUGACACUGAUGAUUCCUCCAAACACAAUAUUAAGAAAACUGGUGACAAAUACAUGUUUAGCAUAAACAAUCUUGGCUUAAAUGAUGGUGGACUAUACCAAGUGGAUGUUGACGAUGUCAACAUUAUCUCAACGACCUUAGCAAUUCCUGAUGUGGAAUUUGAUGGUAUGCUAAAAGACGCUAAAGUGGUUGAGGGGAAGGACGCCAUGUUUGAGGGCAUUUUUUCUGGCCCUGUACCUCAAAUCACUUGGUGUGUCAAUGACAUCUCUGUUGAGCAUGGGGACAAGUACAAUAUCACAGUCUCUGAAGACAAGCUCACCCACAGAUUGGUAGUUAAGAAUUGCAAAAAAGAGGACAAGGGUGUGUACACUGCUAUUGCUGGGAUUAAAUCAUCCAGGGCCACCCUUGCUGUUGAUGAGGACCCUAGCAUCAAGGGAAAAGGUCGAGGUGGUUCAAGUGAUGGAGCAGAUGUUUUUGCAAGACAUCUGGCAGAUGAACAGGCCAGACUGCAAAGAGAAAAAGAAGAAGCAGCCAGGAGAGGCAAGGGGACAGAUGGGAGAGGUGAUGGAGCGGAUGACCGUGGUAGUGCAGCGGAUGGUCGUAGUGAUGGAGUGGAUGGCCAUGGUGGUGCAGCGUAUGGUCGUGGUGAUGGAACGGAUGGCCAUGGUGGUUCAGCGUAUGGUCGUGGUGAUGGAACGGAUGGCCAUGGGGGUGCAGCGUAUGGUCGUGGUGAUGGAACGGAUAGCCAUGGUGGUGCAGCGUAUGGUCGUGGUGAUGGAACAGAUAGCCAUGGUGGUGCAGUGGAUGGUCGUGGUGAUGGAACGGAUGGCAGUGGAGGACUUGGCGGAGUUGGAAGAGAAGGAUUUGGAGGAGAUGCAACAGGAAAGUAUGGACAAGGUGGCCUUGGAGGACUUGACGGAAGUGGAGGGAAUAGACUUGGAGGAGAUCCGACAGGGAAAUACAGACAAGGAGGAGAUGGUAAAGAUGGAAGUGGGAGUAUUGGAAAGGUUUCUGGAAUGGGUUUGGGAACAGACGGACUGGGAGGCCAGUCAGCUGUGGUUGGAUCUGGUGGUGAUGGUACAGAUGAUAAUGUGCACUUUGCAAGUGGCUUAACAGACACAAAUGCUCUUCGUGGCAAACCUGCAGAGCUAGUGUGUAAACUAAAUACUGACAAAAUUGAUGGUGUGUGGUAUAAAGAUGGAAAUAAGCUGGCUUCCAAAGAUGGAGUGGUGAUCUCUAAGGAUGGUUGUACACAUAAGCUCAUUAUCCAGAAUUGCAAGGAUUCUGAUGUAGGUCUAUAUCAUUUUGAGGUAAAUGGUUGCAAGACAGAGGCCACGGUGAGAGUUGGAGACCUUCCAGAAUUCGAUCCCGAUGCUUUGCAAAAGUUCUCCAACCCUGUGAUAGUGAAAGCAGGCCAGAGUGCAUCUUUUAAGAUGUCAUUUCCUCCACAAGCUUCAUUGGAGAUUAAAUGGUUUAAAAAUGGCUCGGAGCUUCUCGAUGGUGGUUCGGUGAAAGUUGUGAAGGAAUUGAACCACAGUCGUCUUCAAAUAAAAGAUUGCCUGCGAUCAGAUUCUGGUCAAAUCAAAAUCCAGCUAAAAAAUCCUUUUGGUUCUAUUGAAGCUUUGUCAAGCCUUAUAGUACUAGACAAGCCAGGUCCACCACAAGGUCCACUAGAAGUGACUGAAAGCACAUCCUCUGUCCUUGAACUGAAAUGGAAUCCUCCGAAGGAUGAGGGUGGCUCAGAAGUAACCAACUACAUAAUUGAGCGUCAACAGGUCGGGCAGGGAGCCUGGAAAAGGGUUGGGGAUAUUUCAGCUAACCAUCUAACCUUCAGAGACAGAAAUGUGUCUCUUGGCAAGAGGUACAUCUAUCGCAUCUAUGCUGAGAAUCUUGAGGGCGUCAGUGAAGCGAUGGAGACUGAAAAAAUCAUGGCUGGCUCUUUAAUGUUCCCUGGUCCACCAGGCAUGCCGAAGGUGGUCAGUGCAUUCAAAAACUGUAUAAACCUAAUAUGGACCCCACCAGAGAAGUAUGGAGGGAAUAAAAUCUUGGGCUACCAGCUAGAGAAACGCAAAAAAGAUACAAACCAGUGGGUGACUCUGAACCCAGUUAAGGACCCUAUCCAAGAUCUGAAGUAUGCAGUAAAGGAUGUGUCAGAGGGGUCAGAGUAUGAGUUCAGGGUAACAGCCAUUAAUAUGUCUGGGCCUGGAGAUCCCAGUGCUCCUUCGGUGAUGGUCUGCGCUAAAAACCCCAACAUGAAGCCCCAUUUCAAAGAUCCUGAAGACUUUAUGGUUGUGAGAUCAGGAAAUUCUAUAAGAAUCAGAAUGAAUUAUGAGGCCUCUCCACCUCCAGACAUUACCUGGCUUAAAAAUGGGGAACCUGUAUCUCCCUGGAACAAGAUAAUUCAUGCUGAUGGCACUUGUACGCUUGUCAUACCCUCUUCAAAGUACUCAGAUUCAGGAGUGUACACCAUUGUGGCCAAAAACUCAAGUGGGCAGGCCAGCUUUGACAUAGAUGUCAGAGUAACAGAUGAACCCAAGCCCCCAGGCCCAGUGGAGCUAGAACAGGUGGUUUAUGGCAAAGUCAUUAUCACAUGGAGUCCAUCUCCAGACCACAACAAAGACGACCGACUGCACUACAUGUUGGAAGAAUAUAACUCCAACACACGCAUUUGGCGCAGAAUAGCAGACCACCUUCUCUGUACUACCUACACUACCAGCAUUCAACCAGGUCAAGAAUAUCACUUCAGAGUCUAUGCAAAAAAUGAUAUGGGAGUUUCUGAUGCUUCAGAAUCACCAACUUGGGGCAAAAACAACAAUAAAGUUCCAUUGUCCUCAUCUGUGUCUGCUGUGGUCACUUUGGAAAGGCCACCAUCCGUCCUGGUUCCACUGAAACUCCACACUCCACCAAAAGGAUACCAGUGCUACAUGACCUGUGCUGUCCGUGGCUGUCCCAGCCCAUACAUUGCAUGGUACCAUAACGGGAUUUGCAUCAACUCCGACAACAACUACUACAUCACAAAUGCAUCUGGCAUCUGCUCUAUGUAUAUCCUUAGAGUUCGGCCUGAAGAUAGUGGCGAGUACAAAGUGGUGGCGGUCAACCCAUUUGGCAAGGCAGAAUGUUCUUCUACAUUAAAAGUGAAAGAUUGA